AUGCCGCGUCCAGCAAACAACAAUGCAAAGCCCAAGAAGGGCAAUAGCACCGUCAACAAGCGCAAGCUCAUGAAUUCCAUGGUCAACAUCCCAUCGACCAACCCCGACCCCUACUACCGCUACAAGAUGCCGGCGAUGGAGAUCAGGAUCAACCCAGCCCGCGUCCGCACCAACAACGCACAAAAAGAAGCUGUCACCAUCCCAGCCUCAACCCAACUCCAGAACCUCACCGCCGUCGCCCGAGCUCUCAACAGACCCCUCGAAUACAUCUCCAAAUUCUUCGAACUCGAACUCGAUCUCACGGGGGUCAUGGAAGACCGCCAACGGUGGUUCAAACUCUGCGAUGCAGAGUUGUCUGAGCAGGAGCUGAUGAUGGUGUUGGACAAAUUUAUUCGUCGCUUUGUGCUGUGUUAUGUCUGUCAUAACCCCGAGACGGCGUUGACGAUCUUUAAUACGCAUAUCAUGAAGGAGUGUGGGGCCUGUGGACAGAGUACGAGGGUGGAUCGGUUCUCAAAGUUGACAAGGUAUAUCUUGAGGAAUAACCGGACCUUUGGGCUGGGCAUCUUUGCUGCCACCACCGACACCUCCAAAUGCCGGUUCUUGAAAGAUGGCGCUUCGAUGCCAGCGAGCAAGGGCACAGUGAUGAACAACUCGGCAGGGUUCAAGAACGGCGUCAAGUUGGCGACAGCAGCAGAGAUGGCUGACGAUGACGAGGAGGAGGAAGAAGAGGAGGAUGAUGACGAUCAGGAUUGGAAACUGGACACGUCGGCAGAGGCGGUUGCCCAGAGACGGUUGCAGGAGCUGGAUCUCAUUACCAGGGUUGAGAAGAUCAUGAACGCGGGACUUGGUGACAAAGCCAGAGACCCAUACAAGCUUUUUGAAGAGUUUGUGACAACCCCCAAGGAAGAGACGGGUGCAUUGCCAGACAAGGAAGAAGUUCUCGGCCGAUUCUACACCUUGGAUCUGGAGAAGGAAGGCGCGAUCUUUUUUCUCGAGCGACUUCAGAAGAGACAACACCAGCAGGGAUUGGAUGGUGACCAGGAGGAAGGAGAACAGGACGACAAUGAGAACAAGGAGGAAACCAAGGUGCAGAAGAGAGAGGAUUACGAGGUGAUGAUCCAGGUGCUGCGGGAUAGUUUGGAACGAGAGGUGGUCGUAGCGGCGACCUUGGGCGACGAGAGCAGCGACAGUGAUAGUGACAGUGAUGAUGAUGACGAUGACACCGACUCUGACUCUGACUCUGAGUCUGACUCUGUUGAGAAAUAA